CCUCUUUUCUCUCUUUUUUUUUCUUCUUCUCUUUUCUUCAUCACCCUCAUCUCCCCUUCCCCAUUCCUCUCUUCACGUAGUCCCUUCAACUCCGAAUAAGAAGCGAACAUGGUUAACUUUACCAUCGACCAAAUCCGCGCCUUGAUGGACAAGGUUACGAAUGUUCGUAACAUGUCCGUCAUUGCCCACGUCGAUCACGGAAAGUCGACCUUGACGGAUUCCCUGGUCUCGAUGGCCGGUAUUAUUUCCUCUGCUCGUGCUGGUGAGGCCCGUUUCAUGGAUACCCGUCAGGACGAACAGGACCGUGGUAUCACCAUCAAGGCGACCGCCAUCUCUCUGUUCUUCGAGAUUUCAGAGGACGAUCUUUCGGAUAUCAAGCAGAAGACCGAUGGAACUGCCUUUUUGAUCAACUUGAUUGAUUCCCCCGGGCACGUUGACUUCUCGUCCGAGGUUACAGCCGCUCUUCGUGUCACCGAUGGUGCCCUAGUCGUCGUCGACUGCAUUGACGGUGUUUGUGUCCAGACCGAAACUGUCUUGCGUCAAGCCUUGGGUGAGCGUAUCAAGCCCGUCGUCGUCAUCAACAAGGUCGAUCGUGCCCUUCUCGAGCUGCAGAUCAAUAAAGAGGAUCUCUACCAGUCCUUCUCCCGUACCAUUGAGUCCGUGAACGUUAUCAUUGCCACCUACAACGACAAGGUCCUCGGUGAUGUCCAGGUCUACCCCGAGCAGGGAACCGUCGCCUUCGCCUCCGCUCUUCAUGGAUGGGCUUUCACAAUCCGCCAGUUCGCUCAGCGUUAUGCCAAGAAGUUUGGUGUCGACCGCCAGAAGAUGAUGUCCCGUCUCUGGGGCGAGAACUACUUCAACCCCGCCACUAAGAAGUGGACCAACAAGGGUACCACUGCCGAGGGCAAGCCGCUGGAGCGUGCUUUCAACAUGUUCGUCUUGGAUCCCAUUUUCAAGCUCUUCGACACCUGUAUGAACAAGAAGAAGCAGGAUGCCUGGGCCAUUGCCGAGAAGCUCGAGAUUCCCUUGAAGUCUGAGGAGAAGGAGAUGGAGGGAAAGCUGCUACUCAGGGCCGUCAUGAAGAAGUUCCUUCCCGCCGGUGAGGCUCUCAUGGAGAUGCUUGUCAUCCACUUGCCUUCGCCCAUCACUGCGCAAAAGUAUCGUGUCGAGAACUUGUAUGAAGGCCCCAUGGAUGACGAGUGCGCUAAGAGCAUCGGUGCCUGCGACCCCACCGGUCCCCUCAUGUUGUACGUCUCCAAGAUGGUCCCCACUUCCGACAAGGGUCGUUUCUAUGCCUUUGGUCGUGUCUUCUCUGGUACCGUCCGUGCCGGUCUCAAGGUCCGCAUCCAGGGCCCCAACUACCAGGUCGGCAGCAAGACCGAUUUGUUUGUCAAGUCUGUCCAGCGUAUUGUUCUGAUGAUGGGUCGCUAUGUCGAGCCCAUUGAGGACUGCCCUGCCGGUAACAUUGUCGGCUUGGUCGGUGUUGACCAGUUCUUGCUCAAGUCCGGUACCAUUACCACCUCGGAUACUGCCCACAACCUUAAGGUCAUGAAAUUCUCUGUCUCCCCUGUCGUCCGGGUCGCUGUCGAGUGUAAGAACGCUGCCGAUCUUCCCAAGUUGGUCGAGGGUCUCAAGCGUCUGUCAAAGUCGGAUCCUUGUGUCCUCUGCUUCACCUCCGAUACGGGAGAACACAUUGUUGCUGGUUCCGGAGAGUUGCAUCUCGAGAUUUGCUUGAAGGAUCUUGAGGAGGAUCACGCCCAGGUCCCCAUCCGCAAGUCGGACCCCGUCGUCCAGUACAAGGAAACCGUCAAGGCCGAGUCUUCAGUCACUGCCCUUGCCAAGUCCCCCAACAAGCACAACCGUCUCUUCAUCAAGGCCGCACCUCUUGGUGAGGAGGUUUCAAAUGCCAUCGAGAGCGGAAAGCUUGGUGCCCGUGAUGAGCUCAAGGCCCGUGCCCGUAUCAUGUCGGAUGAAUAUGCAUGGGAUAACACUGAGGCCCGUAAGAUUUGGUCGUUCGGUCCCGACGGUACUGGCCCUAACUUGCUCGUGGAUCUGACCAAGGGAGUCGCCUACCUCAACGAAAUCAAGGAUUCCUGUGUUGCCGCCUUCCAGUGGGCCACUCGUGAGGGUGUCUUUGCUGAUGAGCAGAUGCGCGGCUGUCGCUUCAACAUUCUCGAUGUUGUCCUCCACGCUGAUGCUAUCCAUCGUGGUGGUGGACAGAUUAUUCCAGCCUGUCGUAGCGCCAUUUAUGCCUCGGCCAUGGUUGCAGAACCCGGUCUCAUGGAGCCCAUCUAUUUGGUCGAGAUUACGUGCCCUGAGACGGCCAUGGGUGGUAUCUAUGGUGUCUUGAACAAGCGUCGUGGCCACAUGAUCGGUGAGGAGCAGCGCCCCGGUACCCCCAUGUACACGCUCAAGGCCUACCUGCCCGUCGCGGAGUCGUUCGGUUUCACGUCAGAUCUUCGUCAGGCCACCAGUGGUCAGGCCUUCCCCCAGUCUGUGUUCGAUCACUGGGAGAUGUUGAACGGUACCUUGGGCGAGGACGCCAAGCUCGAGGCAUUGGUGCUGAGCAUCCGCAAGCGCAAGGGUCUGAAGGUGGAAAUGCCCAAGCUGGAGAACUUCAUGGACAGACUUUAAACGAAGGGUCGUCGUUACGUGUCGCGUGUUUGUUGUUGAUAUAUACAAUAAUCCUUUGUUCUGUUCUACCAUCCAGUCGUUUCCUUCCCUCUCCGUCCCUCUACCAUUCCACUCUUCUUUCUGCAUGUAGAAACCUGUACAGUUUGAAAAAGAAAGAAGACAUAAACAAUCCGUUGUAUAAGAAUGCUAAGACACUUGAACUGAACUAAACUGAGAAUGAC